AUGGCUGAAGCACUUGUUGGCGUACUUGUAGAGCGCUUGGUUUCGAUCACAUUGGACAAGGUCGGCCAAGAGCUGAAUCUGGUCAUAGGUGUUGACAAAGAAAUUGAAAACCUCACCCUCAGUCUCCGAAAAAUCGAAGCUCUGCUGGAGGAUGCAGAGCAAAGACAAGUGCAGGAUGGAAGUGUCAGAGUAUGGCUGAGCAACUUGAAAGAAGUGUCCGACGCAAUUGAAGAGGUGUUGGAUGAGUGGCGCUAUGAAAUUCUUAAGCAGCAAUUUUCUGAGAAACAGCGAGGAGAAGAAGGCAGUGAUCAUCAAAAUGCUCCUGUACAUGUUUCUAAGAAGCAGCAGGUAUGUUUCCCUAUUCCUUCACCUUGUUGUUCUACUAGUGGAGUCAAUCGAGUAGUUCGUCAUCAUGGCAUUGCAAGAAAGAUAAUAGAUCUGAGUGAGAGGGUGGCUUCAAUUGCUGCUGAAGGAAAAACUUUUCAGCUUCAAGAUUUUCAGAGUAGACCUGAAGGUCCUGAACAACGCAUUAAAAUUCAGGAAACUUCUUCUAUUCCUGACGUAUCAUUUGGUCGAGAAUGUGAGAAAGAGAGUUUAGUAAGCAAGUUACUAAAUGAUGAUGUUGAUGAACAAAACAGAAUUCCCCACAUCCCUAAUGAGAGUAGUGAAGAACAGGAUAGUGUGGAAGAGAGUCUUCUCUCUAUCAAUCCUACUGUUCCUUCUGUCAUUCCGAUUGAUGAUGGUGAUGAACAAAACAUAAUUCCCCACAUCCCUAAUGAGAGUAGUGAAGAACAGGAUAGUGUGGAAGUGAGUCUAAUUUUCUCUAUCAAUCCUACUGUUCCUUCUAUCAUUCUGAUUGUCGGAAUGGGAGGGAUCGGUAAGACCACUCUUUCUCAGCUAGUGUAUGAUGAUAGGAGAGUGAAAGCUCAUUUUGAUAGGAGAAUAUGGGUAUGUGUCCCAUUCCCUUUUGAAGAGAUCCAAAUUCUUGCAGCUAUCGCUCAAGAUCUUGGUAUUCCAUAUCACCCAAAAGAAAAUGCUUUGGAAACUUAUUCCCGAUUUAUAUUUGACAGCAUUACAAAAGAAAAAACAAAAUUCCUCAUAGUCCUAGAUGGUGUAUGGAAGCCAAAGGAAGAGAAAUGGAAUCAAGUGAUCAAACCUCUGAGGGUGGGUGCUAAAGGGAGUAAAAUACUGGUGACCACCCGAAUUGAAAAGACUGCGUAUAUGAUGAGGGCAGGCAAUAACAUCAUCCAUUUGAAAAUGUUAAGUGAACAAAAUUGCGAAGAGUUGUUCUUUCAUUUUGCAGGCAUGGACAGAAGAGAAACGAAGGAGCCUAAAAUGCUUGAAGUUGGUAAAGAAAUUGUAAGGAAGUGUCGGGGUUUGCCUCUUGCUGCCAAGACUUUGGGUAGUCUCAUGCAUAGUAAGCAAACAUUGAAAGAGUGGGAAGAUGUUAAGAACAGCAGUAUAUGGAAAUUGAAAGAGUUUGAGCAAAGUGUAUUUCAACCUCUAUUGCUGAGUUAUUAUGAUCUGGCUCCAACCAUUAGAAAAUGUUUUUUGUAUUGUGCUAUAUUUCCUAAAGAUUAUCUAAUUGAUAAGUUUGAGUUGAUUUAUCUAUGGAUGGCACAAGGUUAUCUUUGUGCCAAGGAAGAGACAGAAGAAUACAUGGUGGGUGAAGAAUAUUUUGAUGACUUAAUAAUGCGGUCUUUAUUUGAAGAUUUUGAGAGAGAUGAUAAAAGAAACAUAACAGGUUGCAAAAUGCACGAUAGUGUUCGUGAAUUUCUGCAAUAUCUGUCCAAAAGUGAAUUCCUUGUCAUGGAUGUUAGAAGAUCUAAAUUCAAGCCUCCAAAUGAGAAGGUUCGUCACAUGUUCUUAACAUUUGACAGUGUGACAUGUACGAGUGUGUAUUUUCCUAUAACAAAUUUGCGCACGGUGAUAAUGGAUGGGGAGUGGGUAUUUGGGUUAAAGGAUCUUUUCAAAUUGAAAAGUCUUAGGGCUCUGGAUUUGAGCAAGUAUUGGGGAGUUAUUCCAUAUGAUAUCGGAGGAUUGAUACACCUGAGAUACCUCAAGUUAAGUCACAAUCCUUCGAAGGAAUUGCCUGAAACUCUGUGUGAUCUGUAUUAUCUGCAGACCUUGAUACUUGACUCCUGCCAUUUACUAGAAAAAUUACCACACGGCAUGGAGAAGCUGGUAAACUUGAAGCACCUCGACGUUAGGGGAUGUGUUAGUCUGGAUAUAAGUGCAGUUGAGAAAUUAGCUGUUAUGCGAACACUAUGGAAGACUUGA